AUGUCGUUACUGCUUAUUAUUUUGUAUUUGUUUCUCUUGAAGGACAGACUUGUGGAAUGUUUGGUAGCACAAAACUAUGCCAGUGACAGUGAAAAUCUUAAACCUAAUAUACGUCGAAGAAGUGAAUUCAUCGUUGGUGAAAAAUUCCGUGUCCGAGUGGUUCUGAGUGAAGAUUUAAAAAACCAUUUACAGUAUGAUUUAUUCAAGAGGCAGGUCAAAGAUGCUUUGAUAUUCUGGACAAAGGCAAUACAACCGAAGCGAAUCUCCACCCAACAAAUAUUAAUAGAACGCAAUUGCAAUGAACGAGUUCGAUCACAAAUGCGGCCACAAUAUCAUUACUGCGAAGGUGGUUGUAACAACGUGUCGAUAUGUAACGGUUUUGAAAUCCCCGAGAAGUAUCUUCAGAAAUGUCGUUCAUCUGAAGAAGAUGUUGUGGAAAAAGUCCAAGUCAAAAAGUCAGACAAAAGUGACUUUAUUCUUUUUAUCCGCUCGGGUGAUUAUGGACCUCACACAUGGUUGGCUACAGCUGACACUUGUCAGCUGGAUUUAGACACAAAUAGACCAAUCGCCGGUUCAAUUGCAAUUUUAUCAGCUAUGAAAUAUAUUGAUUACAACCCAGGUGUAUUGAAACGAGUUAUUAUUCAUGAAUUAGGACAUACAUUCGGCUUCGAUUAUCGGUUGUUUCCUUACCUACGUCAUGAUGAUGGUAGUCCUAGAACAAAGCGUAACCAACAUACUGGUGAACCGGAAUUGCCAACAGAUGCCAACGAAGGAUUAAAAGCUGAUCG